GCGCCGCGUUGCUCUGCCACCCGUUCCCAGCAGCGGGCGCGGGCGUCCUACGGGCGUCCGGACCUUCGCGACAGCUGCGGGGAGCUCGGGCCGCGGCUCCCCCGGCUCCAGCCUGGGCGCCCCAGGCCACUCGCUGCCGCCGCCCAUGGGGAUCCGAGAGUUUCCCGGCGGCGCGCCCAGGGCCAAGAGCAUUGCUGUUGGCAUGAGGAGGUCACCGGACGUCAGCCCGCGGAGACUGUCCGACAUCAGCCCUCAGCUCCGGCAGCUCAAGUACUUGGUGGUGGACGAGGCGAUCAAGGAGGAUCUGAAAUGGUCGCGCUCUGUGGAGGACCUCACCAGCGGACCGGUGGGACUCACGUCCAUCGAGGAGCGAAUCCUGCGCAUCACAGGCUACUAUGGCUACCAGCCCUGGGCGACCAGCUACAAAAGGGAGGAGCGCCCCCGGGAGCCCCCGGGCCCUGCAGAGGCCCAGGCGCCAGCUGGGACGGAGGCUGGCGGGAGGACCAGCCGGCACCACUGGACAUGUUCUCAGGAGCAGCUCAGGAAGGUCUUCUGGGGAGUGGCUGUCGUGUUCUGCGUGUGUGCCUCCUGGUCCGGGUCCACGCAGCUCGCCAGGCUGACUUUCAAGACCUUCGACGCACCCUUCACCCUGACGUGGUUUGCCACCAACUGGAACUUUCUGUUCUUCCCAUUGUACUACGCAGGUCACGUGUGCAAGUCCACAGAGAAGCAGUCCGUGAAACAGAGAUACAGGGAAUGCUGUCGGUUUUUUGGAGACAAUGGCUUGACUUUGAAAGUGUUCUUUACCAAGGCAGCACCUUUUGGUGUUCUUUGGACUCUCACAAACUACCUGUACUUACAUGCAAUAAAGAAGAUAAACGCUACCGACGUCUCCGUUCUGUUCUGCUGCAACAAGUCAUUUGUUUUCUUGCUGUCGUGGAUCGUUCUCAGGGACAGAUUCAUGGGAGUGAGGAUCGUGGCCGCCAUCCUUGCCAUCGCAGGCAUUGUCAUGAUGACCUACGCCGAUGGCUUCCACAGUCACUCAGUCAUUGGCAUAGCCCUGGUGGUGGGCUCUGCCUCCAUGUCAGCCCUCUACAAGGUUCUGUUCAAGCUGCUGCUAGGCAGCGCCAAGUUCGGAGAAGCGGCCUUAUUCCUGUCCAUCUUGGGGGUGUUCAACAUCCUCUUCAUCACCUGCAUCCCCGUCAUCCUCUACUUCACCAGAGUGGAGUACUGGAACUCCUUCGACGACAUUCCGUGGGGAAACCUCUGUGGGUUUUCCAUUCUCUUAUUGACAUUCAAUAUUGUAUUAAAUUUUGGAAUCGCUGUCACGUAUCCCACGCUGAUGUCUCUCGGAAUUGUCCUCAGUGUACCUGUAAAUGCAGUGGUCGAUCACUACACCAGUCAGAUCGUCUUCAACGGGGUCCGGGUCAUCGCCAUCAUCAUUAUCGGCCUGGGCUUCCUCCUCCUGCUCCUUCCAGAAGAGUGGGAUGUCUGGUUGAUCAAGUUGCUCACCCGCCUCAAAGUGAGGAAGAAGGAGGAGACAGCAGAGAGCAGUGGGGACUUGGGCACGGGUCCCCAGAGCAGGAGCAGAAGAGCCCGCCCAUCCUUUGCUCGCUGAGAAAACUCCUCUAGAACUCUGGGAUGCCCCCAUGGUAAUGUUUCUGAGGUCUAUUCCUGAGGGAGGAACCUCAGUUGGGUGAGGUGUACAUACAUGUACAGUUUUGGUAACCGCGGUAAGUUCUACGGUAUUUAUUGGCAUGUCCAAUUUGCUUGCACUUUUUCACGUCAGACCUUCCACUAAGGGUACCGAUUCGAAACAGAUGAGAAAUGAA